UUCCAUUUCCUGGUACAGUCGGCGGCUCACAGACAUCCCAAACACCGCUGACAGAGCGUCCCUAUCGGAUCUUUCUCAUCCUCUCUCCCGGUAGCUGACACUACAAACUGCAAGGCAACCAUGUACCGAUAUGCUGCAUUUGUUUUAUUCCUCGCCCUUGGAAUCGCUUUCCAGCUGUCACAUGGCACUGAGGUGAAAGUCACUGACAAAGACAACAAGUUGUGCCUCUACGCUAAACUAAUGGUCAACUUCUCAGUCUCAUAUGACAGAACUGACAAUACGAGUGCACCAGCUGAGUUUGAACUUCCUGAUAAAGUCACAUCAGAUGGAAGUACGUGUGAUACCACGAGCUCAAAUUUGAAGAUUAAUUUUGGAGAAGGACACUCCUGGAGUAUGAACUUCACCAUGAAUGGGAAAGUGUAUCAGAUAGACACCAUCACCUUCUCCUACAACCUCAGCGACGCAACAGUCUUCCCAAAAGCAUCAUCGAAUGAAACUCUAUCUGUCUUCGUGAAGCCUCACAUUACAGACGUCGACGUGAACACCUGCUACUCCUGCAAUAGUAAAGAAAUGAUUGAAAGUGAAUUGGUCAAUCAGACGCUGUGGGACGUGCUCAUACAGGCUUUUGUCACAAACAACGCCACGAGUGAAAACAUUACUUCUUGUGCUGCCGACGUGCCCACAACCUCCGUUGCCCCCACCACUCAUGCCACCAGCACUGCAGCUCCGGUCACAAACGCUUCAUCCACCACCCCUCCUAUAACCACCCCAACCCCCCCCCUCCCUACUCCCGCCACUGGGGAGUACAUCGUGAAGUCAGAUGAAAACAGCACAGCCUGUCUGAUGGCCAACUUCGGCCUGCAGGUUACUUUCAAGCAAGCAGAGAUGAACUUGGACCCAAAUGGGACCAAAAGCUCCGGAUCAUGUGGAGUCAACGUCAGUGAGCUGGUGCUGGAGUCGAGCACAAUGACCGUCAUCCUCACUUUCACCAACGACACAAAGAAAUUCCGCCUACACGCUCUGAACAUCACCGGAAAGACCAACUCUGGUGUGUCAUUUUCUGAGGUGAACACCAACCUGAGUCUGUGGGAGGCGGCUGUCGGCAGCUCCUACAUGUGUAACAAGAAGCAGAACUUCACCAUCACGAGCCUGCUCACCAUCAACACCUUCAACCUGCAGGUGCAGCCGUUCGGAGUGAAGAAGGGUGUUUUCAGUACAGCCCAUGAAUGUUCAUUGGAUGACACCAGCAUCUUAAUCCCAAUCAUUGUUGGCGCUGCUCUGGCUGGCUUGAUUCUCAUUGUAGUGAUCGCUUACGUGAUUGGUCGAAGAAAGACUUAUGUUGGAUAUCAGACCCUUUAAAACCAGUGUGCAAUCAACAUCACGGGGUUCCCAAGCCUGGUCCUUCUGUUUCAUGUGCAAUUGUUUAAUUGGCAAAUGACUUAAAAAUCCAAGAGUCAAAAUCUAAACUGAAGUCUGCUGGGGGGAAAAAAGAGAUGCAGGUUUGGAGUGAUUGGUCGUUAACAUGAAAUGCACAUGGAGCAUUUUAAUGAUAAUAAGAGGAGUGAAACCCAUGUAAAAAUGGAGGGUUUGGUGUUUUUCUCAAGGACCAAACUUGACUUCCCCCAAAGUUUGUUUUCCUUUUUUGUUGUUUUUCUGGAUGUCUUGUCUUCCCUUUUUUGUUGUGUUUUUGUUAACGAGCAAGUGCAAAAUCCACACAGCUUUAUUUUAAUUUAAAGGUAUACUAUGCAGGAAUUGUCAGCUACUGUUUUUAAACAGUAUUGACAGCAAAAGUGAAAGACAACAAAGUGUUUUUCUUCAGCAAAAAAGCAGCGUCAGGGCACUGUGAUGCUAACCUUAACUUAGGGGACUUUUUCUUCACAUAUGCCGUCUCCUCAUUGGGAACAGAUGGAAAAAGAUGCCGGUGCUGAGUAAAAAGCACUAUGUGGACAUAAGCCCUAAAAUUAAACCCCAGAUGCACUAAAUUUGCGUUUUUCUUUUGGCGUUGUGUCUGUGAAUUGUGUAGUCAGGUAACUAGUCACUGCCUUUUCACAAAAUCACCUGUUACCUGCCCACUGUGAACAGGAAUGUCCCGAACACAGACAAUAUGAAGAAAAUAAGAAAAAUACAGGCACAGGAUACAUGCAGAGUCUCUGCAGAUAAAUACUCCACCUCACACUUCUAGUGGGUCAUAAGUAAUAACUGAGAGUGAUUCUGUAUGAGUCCAUAGGUUGUUUUUUUUUUUUUUUAAAGAAAAUCCUGCAAAGUAUGCCUUCAAGUAAUUACAAUCACACAAAAAGUGACUUUCAAUAUACAAUAUAAGAUUUCUUAUAUAGGUAUAGUAAUCUACAUUUACAAAAGUCUCCAGACAUUUAUUUGUCAUGCAUUUUUGGAUGUGUCACAGUUUAAACAUGUUGGAUCUCGCACUUGCUCUGCAGACAUUCCCUUGUUGUUUUCUUUUAUCAUUAUUUAAUCUUUGUGCACAUUUUAGUUCCUUUUAUGGUUUGACUUUUCAUCCCCAAAAUGAUUCACAUUGAGACAUUAAAUAAUUUUAAAGGCACUACUUUCACAAAUCAAAGAAAGAUGGUCAAUCAGCUUUCUUUCUUUGUUUCCAGAAAUGUAUUACCAAGGACGGUCUACUUUAUUCAGAAAGUAGUCAAGGGGAAAAAAUGCUUUAGCCCGUGUUUGCCCCUGUGGAGCAGGAGAAACAUUGGAAUUGUUGUCCUGAUAAUGUGGCUCCAAUCGUGCCGAGAAUGUGAAAGUGUUUGUUGAUUAAGCAUUAACAGACCUUUUUCAUGGAGGACAUUUGGACAUUGAGCAGUAAAAGUCCAGGUGGAAUAAAUGACACUAACGAUGGCUGAUUUACAGAGAAACAGUCCUGGAACUGGCCGACGUCGUUCCUUUUAUUAAUUACACCUGUGCUUUUCCUGCUGCACCACAACAAGAUGUCUGCUGUUCUGAAAGGUCUCUUAAAAUUUGCACAAACUCCAGUCAGAGAAUAAUAUUAAAAGAAAGUUUUUGGUUUUUUUUCCCCCUCACUCAAUACAUUUUUGGCAUUAGGUUUAGAAAAGGGAGAGUUUUGUUGUGUAGAUAUUCACUUUCAGCACAGAUAAUUCUGAAACGAGGAUACAUACAUAAAAAUGCACUAAGGCGCUCUUUAAGUUUUUUGCGUUAUGUUGAGACCGUUGUCACAUUAUCUCACCUGUGUAUAGGCGUGGGCUUGGCCUGAGCUCAGGGCUGCAGCUGGAUCAGGGGACGUUAAAGACCCUGAAAACUUUGGUUCGAAUCUUAAGUUCUCUGUAACAUUUAGAAUUCACGCAUAUAAAAAAGGUCCUGUUUAUGAAGACAUUUUGUUUAGUCACUUAUUUACUUUCUUACAGAGAGAUACAUCAGAAGAUUGAUACCACUGCCAUCUCAAUAAGCUUAGCUCAAAGACUGGAAGCAGUAAAAAGUCGGCCUGGAUCUGAACAAUGAAACAAAUCAUCUCAUGCUGACUUAGCAUGUUAUAUCAAGUUUGUGUCGAGUGGUAUCGAUCUCCUUAUCUAACUCUUGGCAAGAGAGCAAAAAGGGUUUUUCCCAAAAAUGUCAAACAGUUCCUUUAAAAGCAUAUUUGCUCCAUCAGGACCUUGUGAGUGUUGAGUGGCUUUGUUCAGCAGAAUUGACAGAACAAACAAACCUCACACCUGUAUUCGCGUUCUGGUUCAAAAGUUGUUAGGAAAAUAAAAACACUUCAGUGCGCAAUAUAAUCUUGAGAAACACACAAUAUUGCUGGCAGAAAGUUGUGUUUUUGUGUAGUCAGAAACUGAAGUCAGGGACUCAGUGCAGGUUACAGUGAUGCAACCAAAUCGCCAGAAUAAAUGUUGGCAUUUUACGUUUCUGCAAACCACGGAAUAUAUUGUCAUAUGUAGCGGAUUUGAUGAAUUUUACAUUUCAAUUUUUAAUUUUCCGUUGUGAAUGCUGAAAGCUUUGGAUAAUGUGUGGUUAUGGAUGGGGAAACAUCAUUUUUUGGCUUAAAAUAUCAAACACGACUGGAACUGUUCUGAUGUCUCCUUUAGGUUUUGGUCAUCUUGUUUAAAAAAAUACCCGGUUUGGUUCAUGUCACAAACGUCUCAUUUAAAAAUGCUCAGUUUUGGAGCCUCAAAGACAGCUGGAAAUGUCGCUACGGCUUGUUUAAAAAUUCCUGGAUUUAUCGCUACAAACACAACCACAAAUGUUCCCGCGUCUAGUUUAAAAUCACCUGUUUUGGCACUACAAACACAGUUGAAAAUGUCCUGACGUGUCAUUAAAAAAAUCAGGUUUUGUCACCACAAACACAGCCCGAAUUCUCCAAAGGUCUCGUUAAAAAUACCCAGUCUCGGUGCGUCGAACACAGCUGGAAGUGUCGCUGGUCUGGAUCAGUGCUCUGCUGCUCAUCCGAAGUGUCACGUCAUCCACCAUAUUUUUCUUUUGAUGAGAAACUCAAACUCAUGUAACCUGAACAACGUCACUUUAGAAAUUUUAACAUAAUAAAACGUGGAAUGCCACAUUUGCAGAACCGUACAGUGCCAACAUUUCAUUCUGUCAGGUGGGCUAAGAGAUGCAGUUUCAGGGAGGGAGGCGAGCCCCAGAAUGUGUGUUUCUGUUUUGAUAGCGAGCCAAUGUGACACGUGGUGGUAGCUGUGUAUCGUUGCUUACUUGUAGCAGUGUUGUGUGCUGUCAGCGCCGCUCCAACGCCUCAGGACCGGAGCAAAGCAGGCAGUGCGCUACGCUGAACAUGAGUAGAAAUAGUUUUUAAGAUGCUUGAAUGUUGCUUCAGGACUUUGUACAUGUGUAUGAGAAAUGGCUAUGAAUCAAAUAAGAGCUUUGAUUUUUUGCUUGUGAUUGUGUAUUUCAGCUUUGUACAAACUCAGUUGCCUUAAUUAAAAAGAUGGUUUUGCAGCACUUGCAUAAAUGUUUGUGACACAUUUUCUCAAUCAUGACAGCUGUACCUUGCUUUGUUUUGUUCAUUCAAUGACUCACUAAAUACUGUUAAAAAAAAUCUUUUCUCUAGUUGUUGACACUGCACACAUGUUCAGCAAAGGGAAUUUGUGCUGCAAAACCAUCGUGUUAAAUCAUGAUCUGUGUUAUGUGGAUACAAGUGAUUUCAUCUCCAUUCACUCACGCUGUUAGCUGCAGUAAAUUGGAUCUCUGUUGUGUGUCAGACUGAAAUAGAGCUUUUUAGUCUUUGAAGAUUCAUGGAAAUAAAAAUACAUUGCUGCCUUGGA